AUGAAAUUUUUGUAUCCGAAGGCAACAAGUAUGGAGCCCGUCAACCUGAUGGCAGCUGGGAUGGAAUGCUCGGCUAUUUUGCUGAAUGAGCCGAGGUCUUUGCGAAAAAUAACCUUCUUGCAGACUGCCGAUAUUGCAGUUGCUCCUCUGACAAUCACGCAAGAGAGAGAAAGAGCUGUGGACUUUUCAAAACCCUUCAUGACCACAGGAAUUUCCAUCAUGAUCAAGAAACCCGAGAAACAAGAAUUCAACAUCUUCUCAUUCAUGGAACCACUUGGCAUGCGCAUCUGGAUUCUCACCGUGUGCUCUUAUGUUGGCGUGAGUGAUACAAAUAUUGACGGCUGUUUGGCUCAGAGGAAGUGGGGAAGGUACAUUUUCCGUUUUCGCUAUCCAUUUGGCUAG